GCUAGCCUGAUUGAUAUAUGACUGCAAUGGCACUUUUCCAUUUGACAUUCUCUCUCUCUUUCUCUCUCUCUCUCUCUUGCUUAAACAACAGCCCUAACUUUUGUGUGUUGCAAAUAUAAAAGGCAAGCCAUGUGACAGAGGGACAGAAGAACAAAAGCAUUUGGAAGUAACAAGACCUCUUUUUUAGCUCUCAGUUGUGGAGUCCAAAAGGAGGAAGGAGCGAUACAUUUUGCAAAGGUGUGCCAAACAAUGGUACCCACCACUGCACAUCACAAUUUUAAGGCUGCAUUCAUAAAGCUUUGUUGCCAGGCUGGGAGCCAGAUUCUGAAGGAGCAGAGGAGCAAAGAUCUGUGGGAGCCAUGAAGGGGAUGUUUUGAUGGAGCAUAACCUUGACAAAUGCAGGACUCAAGAUCAGCAAUGACAACUCAGAAACUUAAAACAGAUCCUUCAUUUUCCUCAGAAGGGACCAGGCCUCAGUCUUUAGAGUGCUUUUGAUACUCUACCUCCCUCUACUGUUAUUCCUAAGAAGUUCUCCAAUGAUGGGAAAUCAUGUACUUGCCGCUUCGAUUUCUGUGCUGUCCCUUUUGGCGAUAAUGGGAGACACUGACAGUAAAACGGACAGUACCUUCAUGAUGGAGUCGGACCCAGGCCGCUGCAUGAGGCAUCACUAUGUUGAUUCCAUCAGCCACCCAUUGUACAAGUGCAGUUCAAAGAUGGUGCUGCUGGCCCGCUGUGAGGGACGCUGCACUCAGACAUCUCGCUCUGAGCCAAUGGUGUCCUUCAGUACAGUCCUGAAGCAGCCCUUCCGUUCCACGUGCCACUGCUGCCGGCCACAGACAUCCAAGCUGAAGGCCAUGAGGUUGCGGUGCUCGGGUGGCAUGAGGCUCACGGCCACCUAUCGUUACAUCCUCUCCUGUCACUGUGAGGAGUGCAACUCCUAGGGAGAAAACCUGCUGCAACAGAAAGAAUAGGAGGGGCACAUGCUCUGCAGCAGGACUCCCGGAAGCAACAACAGGAUAGCCAUUCAACAGCAUGUUCAGACCCAACCAAGGCCAACUAACAUGGGCUUCACUUGAGAUCUAUGGAGAGUGAACUAUGAUGAUGCUUGCUGGGAAUGUGCCAAAUGAUGAAACAGGCACCAGAAUGUAUAGCUGUGCUAAAGAUGAAAACUCUUGCAGUGGGAGUGGUAGGGAAGCGGAAUUCCAGACGCUCUCUCUUUUUGGCCCCGUGUCUUUUAAUUGGAAUGAUGCUAAGGGGAUACAUUUAUUUUCUCAGCGGUACUUUAUUCCUGAAAAAGGGCCAGUGAGGACUUGUGGUUCUUCAUAUGAGUGUCUUGCCAGUAAUGUAAAAAACACAAAGGAAAAAAAAUAUCCUCAAGAUAAAUAGAACAUGUACAGCGAAUGUCGUUAUGUGGGAAAUGUUUUGUUCUAGAAGAAGAAAAAGACUGCAUCCUUGUAUACAGAAGCCCAUUGUAUCUUUUGAAUAUAGUCUUUAGUUUAUGUUGGCCUUGAGAAAGGACUGUGUUGAUGGUGAGAGUUAUAUUUUAUCUGGUCUGGCAGCCAAGUGUUGGACCCUUUAUUGUGAUUUAGGUGCAGUUACAGAAUAAA